CUCCCGUUUGGCAGCCUUUCGCUUUUCUGAAGCUCCAGAUGGCUUCUAAAAGAUCCUCCAGGCCCACUAAGCAACGCCUUCAAGGCGAGGAUCAGCAAGGACAAACAGCUGUUCCUGCAAAGAGAAGCAGGAAGACUCGCCAUACUGCUGGAGCCACUAAAUCUGCACAGUCUUCUGCAGCCUUGGCUAAAGAGGAGCUCAAACUCCACAAAGCCAUAGAGAAAGCCAUCCAGAAGGCCACUAAAGCUGCUUCAGUGCAGGAAAGUGUUCCCCUGAGCCCACCUUCCACAGCUCUUCAUAGUACAACUCCUCAACCCAGGGAGGCCUCCCCUUUGCCUCAAGCUUCUGGCCCUGCAUUAUCUCCCGAUGGGUCCCCGCCUCCGGCUGAGGCUCAGGCAGGAGUUAAUGUCACCUUGUUUGGGGAACAAUCGGAACCAGGCCCCAACCCUGCCCCUUCUUUAAUCAGGCCUUCAGGUAAUCAGCCUGGGGCUCCCUCUGAUCCGGCCUCUGGGGCUCCAGAGACCCUCAUCACUCCCGUUCUAGCUUCCUACAUUCGGGAGGCUAUUCGAGAAGGGGUUAGACAGGAAUUACACCAAGGAACUUCCUCCUGGGUAUCUGACCAGGAAGGCUCUCUGUUAGAUGUUGAGGGCUCCAUUAUUUCUUCUAAUCGUAUGGCCACACACGGUGGGGAACUCCGGGAUGCAGUUCAGACCAGGGCCCCCUCUUCCGGCCCUUCAGAGCAGGGUUCCCUCACGGGGGCGGACCUUCUGGAUCAGGAGAUGUCUGAGGAUGAAGAUCUUGCACCGGAUCAGCCGGCAUUUGUGGGCCUAUUUAAACCCCAAUUAUUCAGGUCCCUCCUUCACAAGGCCAAACUGACUACUGGGUUGGGGGUUUCCCGGCCUUCAGAGACUUCCCCUACGGAAGGUCCCUCCACAUCAGUCCCUCUUUUUGAGGAACCAAUAAUAGAAUCAGAGGAGAUUCCAGGUCCUAAGAUUUUUAGAGAUGUUUUACAACGCCAGUGGUCCUCUCCUGCUUCGGGACCUAGCCCAAAUUCCUUAGACAAGCGCAUAUAUAAUUUGGCACCUGAACUAACAUCUCUCUUGCAGGUCCCUUCGGUUGACCAACCAGUAGCGGAGUUGUCCGCCACUUCCAACUUAGCUGGUCCCCCAGAAGAUAAUCUACGCCCUGAGGACAGACGUUUGGAACAUUCCCUAGUCCGCUCCCAUCAAGCCACGGCCUGGUCAAUAAGAUCGACCAUGGCCGCCUCCUUUUUUAAUCGGGCUUCCAUUCUUUGGUUAAGACAACUGCAGGCUAGACUCCCUAUCUCAGACGUCCGGGCUCAACAGGACAUUAGUAAGGUCAUUGUGGCUCUAGAAUAUUCAGCUGAUGCCACAUUGAAUGCAUCACGAUUCGCAGCCAAGGCCAUUGGCUCGACCGUGGCUUCCCGUCGCCUGCUUUGGCUACGCCAAUGGCAAGCUGACUCCAAGUCCAAAUGGCGUCUAGCUUCAUCCGCCUUUGAGGGACCUAAGCUUUUUGGAGCGGCUCUGGAACCACUCCUGGUGGAAUCCAAGGAUAAACGCCGCAUCCUACCUUCCAUGUCCCGUCGGUCUGAGAUUCGUUCUCAGUCGUCCUUUCGGCCCUUUCGUAACCAGGAGGGAGGAUUCACGGGUGCCCGUAGACAAAGGUCCUUUCCUCCCCGCCAGUCUCGGUUUCCAGACCGCCAGUUCCCUUCCUCCUCCCGAGGCCAGGCUAGGCGCCCCUUCAGGGGGGGACGGGGGCGGGGUUUCCGCAGGUCACGCUGACGGUCUGGGUGGGCUUCCCAUUGGAGGUCGUCUGGCAGCCUUUGCCGACCAGUGGGAGGCUACCUCUUCGGACGAAUGGGUCAGAGAGACUAUCAGGUUUGGUCUCUCUCUAGAGUUUCUCUCCACCCCCCCAGAUCGAUUUCUGCCAUGCCCUCUCUCCCGGGUCAGGGCUUCCCGCCUUCUCGUAAUGUCCGCUAUUCGGCACCUUCUCGAAAUUCGAGCCAUAGAACCUGUUCCCCCGGAGCAGCGCGGACUAGGCUUCUAUUCACGCCUCUUUGUCAUCCAGAAAUCAUCAGGGGGCUGGAGAGCGAUUCUCGACUUGAAGUCUCUGAACCGCCGUAUCUCUUAUCGGCGGUUCAAGAUGCAAUCCCUUCAAUCCAUCCUGGAGGGGAUCAGGUUGGGGGACUUCCUUACCUCCAUAGACCUGACGGAAGCUUAUCUGCAUGUCCUCAUCCACCCGGCUCAUCGCCGUUUCCUCAGAUUCUCCUUUCAGAACGAUCAUUACCAAUACAGGGCACUCCCGUUCGGCCUUUCCUCGGCCCCUCGGGUGUUCACAAAGUUGAUGUCCGCUCUUGCAGCUCACCUCAGGUCCAUUCCGGUGAGAAUCCAAUUCUACCUAGACGAUCUCCUCAUACAAUCGGCCUCAGAGCAGCUAGCACAGCAGGACCUUUCCACCACACUCCGGGUCCUCAGGACCCACGGGUUUUCGAUCAACUUGUCCAAGAGUCACAUGGUACCCUCCACUCGCAUCCGUCACCUGGGAGCCAUCAUAGACACGAGGGAAUGCAAGGUGUACCUCUCCCAAGAUCGUCUAGACAGCAUACGAUCCUUAGUCAGGUCAGUGUUGAAGGGGAAGGCUCCCUCUCUGGCGACGUUGUCCCAGCUAUUAGGGAAGAUGGUUUCAUGCAUCGGGAUAGUUCCCUGGGCCCGACUCCACUGCAGGCAUCUGCAGUGGUUCCUUCUCCCUUACCAGAAACGGCUUUUGGGGACAUCCCAACGGAAGGUCCAUCU